GGCCCGCUUCGCGGUGCAUCUGUGCGACUGGGGCGCGCUGGCCACCCUCGCCACGUCCGAGGCGGUGCGCGGCCGGCCCUUCGCCGACGUCCUCUCGCUCAGCGACGGGCCCCCGAGCGCGGGCAGCGGCGUGCCCUACUUCUACCUGACCCCUAUGCAGCUCUCCGCGCAAAACCUGCAGAAAAAUCCAGAUGCUACACUGACCGUGUCUUUGGCACAGACUGACUUCUGCAGGAAGCAUGGAUUUGAUCCCCAAAGUCCCCUUUGUGCUCACAUAAUACUGUCAGGAACUGUGGCCAAGGUGAAUGGAACAGAAGUGGACUUUGCAAAGAAUGCAUUAUUCACUCGACACCCUGACAUGAAAACCUGGCCUUCCAGCCAUAACUGGUUCUUCGCUAAGUUGAACAUAACCAAUAUCUGGGUCCUGGACUACUUUGGUGGACCAAAAAUAGUGACACCUGAAGAAUAUUAUAAUGUCACAUUGCAGUGAAACAGAAUAUGGUGAAUUUAGCUACACAUGAAGUUUCUUAAAAUGAUUCGUACACACUUAUGGGGCUUUACCUUUUUCAGAAUAUUAGCCAGUUCUCUGACACAUGCUGGUCGGCUUGCUCGCCUGUUUGUAAACUAGAGUUGGACUGUUACUAGAUUUCUUGGAAGAUGUGGUUGCUAAAUAUCUUUUCAUAUUUUGAAGCCAUUUUCAUAGAGACAUGUCUUUCUCUAUAAUCAAAGGAACUUUGUUCUCUCCAUUUUAAUUAUUUUUCUAGUGGUGCUCCUUGAAGAGCACAUUGGCAUUUGAAGGCACUCGAGUAUGUUCCUUGUUCCUCCCAGCCACCGUGCUGUGGAGCCCAGUGACCAGCACUGCCUUCUGAGCCCAGGGCACAGGGCUCGGCUCCUCCUGUCUGUGCCUGAGGGAAUUUUGCCAGAACAGCCCAGUAACGGUGACACAGAUGGAGCUUCCUACUCAUGGCGGUUUACAUCUGACAGUCCUGGGGAUUGUUGAUUCGACAUAGGGCAAAACUGUUUCUUAUACAGAUCUUUAAAAAUAAGUUAUAUUCUCAAGUGAUACCUAGAACAAACUUCUCCUGAAUUUGAUUUCCCCACCUAAGUGGAGACUAUAUAAUAACCAAAACACAUACACAUUAGUGUUAUGAUUUUGGCCCCAAAAUGGGAUUGUGAAAGAAAGAGGAGGGGAAUGUUGUGUGUUUCUGGUCUUUUUUUUAUCAGUAGCAUUGACCCAGGUGGGGACCAGCCUCAACCAAAUCCCCUCCCAAGCCACUCUCCAUAGCUGUUUAAUACUGCCACUCUCAAUAAUGACCUGAGGCUUCCUCGGCUGCUCUUAACCUCUAAAUAGCUCCUAAUGCUGCUGCUACUUAGGUCAUCAGAGGGAAGAUGACAUGGCACUAAAAGGACCACAUUUCUUCAGGAGUGAAGAUACUGUUUAACCUUAUUACCAACAUGCAUGAUUUCAGAAGAUGAUAUAAAAUUCCUCUUAAGGGGAUAUGUCAGGAAUCGAACCUGAAUCCUUAAAUGGCAAAGAGAAAAGCUAAAUAUGAGUCAUUAUGUUAAAAAACCACAAAAAGAACAGAGAUGCAGCAAACAGCUUCUGUUUAAGAAAAAUGAUUUAUAUUAAACUUAGUAAAACAGACUUCUUAUUGAAAGCAUCAAUAAUUAAAAGCAUUUUAAUGAAGUG